AUAGAGUAAAUUUAUAAUCAACCUUAAUUUGUAUGUUAUUCGCGUUUAUCCAAUAAAUUAUUACCUAGGUUAUAAUAAUGUGCCAUUGACAGAUUCACCUUUAGUUUUGUCAAUCGUAAUAAUGCUUUAAGAUACGGUACACAUUCGAAAGUAUUUAGGACAUAUGAGAUGAAAAUGAUGGACAUUAAUGAACAAGAUGAUUGUAUUAUAGAAGCAGUUACUCCUGCCAAAAAGAAGAAGAUGAAACAAGCACAAUUACCGUUUCAUACGCAAAGUCCAAUACAGUUACAGAAUAGUUCGCAAAGUAAGAAGAGAAAAUUAACAUCACCAUCUGUAAUUAAUAGAAGCUCAAAAGCAGUGAAAAUUUCGAAUAGGAAAUCGAGUAAAGAUAUUGCAGAUAAUAAAUUAAAUGACGAUGCCAAGAGUAAAGCAAAAGAAAGCAGCAAAGACAUGGAGAUAAUAAAAGAUAUUGAAUCUGAAAAUGUGAAAGAAAAUACAACAUCAAAUGAAGUGGAAGGUAAGAACAAGAUAAGAAGAUCUUUGACAGGACAAAAAAAGUUGGACUUAAAGGAUAAAGUAAAGUUGAGUCCUUUAACGAAAUUCCUUAAAAAGACUGAUAAAAAUGAGGAGAGUUUGGAAAGCGCUUGCCAGAAUUUAAUACAGGAUAAGAAAGAUGAACAGAUUAUUACGACUCCCAAAGGAAAACCUGUAAAAAAAGGGACUUUGCUUAACAGUAAUUCUUCGAGUCACCAUUCCGACACUGAUAUUACAAUUCUGUCUUCGAACGAUGAAGACAUGGAAGAACAGACAAAGUCAAAGGGAAAUAUAGAAAAGAGUACAAAAACCGAUAAACCAAUAAUUCUCAAGUCUCUGAAACUCGAAUUGAUGAAACUUCCCUUGAAUUGCUGUUCUAAUUCUGAUAUUGUUAUACCUUCGAAUAAUAAAGACAAAAAAGAGCAUGCAAAGUCGAACGAAAAUAUCGAAGUAAGUACAAGAAUCGAUAGUCGAGAAACACGUAAACUUGAAAGGUUAGAGUCUUCGGACGAUGAAGACAAAGAAAAACAAACAACGUCGAAGGAGACUAUAGAAAAAAGUACAAAAACUGGUAAUCCGAAAAUUCUUAAAGCUCUCAAACUUGAAUUAGUGAAAUCCCCUUCUCUGAGUCGCCAUUCUAACUCUGAUAUUGCUAUGUCUUCGGACAAUGAAGACGGUAAAGAACGAACAACGUCGAUCGAAAAUAUCGAAAAGAGUCCGAAAACUGAUAGUCCAGCAACGCUCAAACUUAAAAUGGCGAACCGCUCUUCACUGAGUUGCAACUCUGACUCUGAUAUUGUUACCAUGUCUUCGGACUGUGAGAAUAAAGAGAAACAAACAAAGUCUAAUGAAAGUAUGGAGGGAAGUAUAGAGAUUAGUAGUCCAAGUGCUCUUAAAACUCCCAAAAAUGAUAAGCCGAAGCAGUCGAAAAUAUCGCCGAAACAACGAGAAAAGAAAUUGCUAAGCGCUAAGAAAAAAGAGGAAAGAGAACGACUGAAGAUGGAGAAGGAAAAGAGAUUGGAAGAGGAACGACAAAAUCGUCUGAGAGAAAAGGAAGAGAAACGUAGGGAGAAGGAGGAGAAACGUAAGGAGAAAGAAGAGAAGGAAAAAGCGGAGAAAGAGCAAAAACUGAUGGAAAAGAAAAUUAAAGACCAGAAGAAACAAAUGGAAAUGGAACAGAAGCAGAAGGAGAAGCAAGCGAAGGACGAGGAGCGCAAGAAAAGGGAGGAGGAGAAGAGGAAGAAGGAAGAAGAGAAAUUGGAAGCCGAGCGUAGGAAACAAAAAGCAGCCUCGAAUUUCACCAGUUUCUUCGUCGCUAAGAAGCAAGAAAAGUCCGUAGAAGAGGAAACUACCACGGAAGCAAAAUAUUUCAUGCCCUUCGAAGUCAAAGCGGACAUGAAAUUGGCUCCGAUUUGUAGAAGAGCCUUGAACGAACAAGAGAAAUCGUCCCUGGAUGAGAAACACGAUAAAGGGGACGCGGGAAAGUCGGACUUGUAUAUCAGCGAGAUCAAAAGUAAAAAGCUCGUGCCGCGCAAGUCAACGAAAACAUGGCCGUUCGAAGCGAAGGACGACGUGGUUAUAUUAGACGAAGAAACCGACGGAAUCUCGAACAUCGUGAAGCAGAGCAUCGACAUUGAGAAGCAGCGGACCAAAUUACUCCAGUUCUCCGAAAACCGACGUCCGCCAUAUCGGGGCACGUGGAGAAAGCAGAGCCGCAGCAUCAAUCCUCGGAAACCAUUUUCAAAGGAUACGAAAUGGUUCAAUUACGAUGUGGACUCGGACGAGGAAUGGGAUGAGGAGGAGCCUGGCGAAUCUCUGCACGGAUCCGACGACGAAAGGAACGAAGAGAACCCGGACGACAACGAGUACGACGUGGACAACGAAUUCAUGGUGCCUCAUGGGUACCUGUCCGACGAAGAACUUCGGGCCGACGACGAGGAGAAGAUAGACAUGUCUCCCGAAACGCAGAAGUUCAAACUGAAAGCUCUGGGGGAGCAAUUUGAGACGGAGAGGAAGACGCAGACGUCCAGGUUGGAGCCAAAAAUUAUUGGCUGCGUCUGGCGGGGGCCUGAGAACACCUUCCUAGGAAACAUACCUCAAAGAACGAUGGACUUCCUGUCGGCCCACGAGGUCUGGGUACGUCAGGUGCCCGUGACGCUACAAACGUCCAACGAGAACGAGGCUGCGAACGAGUGCGGCGCGUUCACGUCAUCGGCGUCAGCCUCGAAGAGAAAAGUGCCGGACAAGGCGCUGCCGCAGUUGAUUCGACUGACGCACGGCAACACGUACAGCACGAAGUUCCUCGUGAGGGAAUUCAUGUCCUAUUGGAGCAAGGAGAACAACAAAAAUCAGAUAUCAAAGUCCAAUCUGUUCCGUAAGAUUCGCGAGAUCGGCAAGUGGAUGGCCUGCCCGGAAGAGGGUCCGAUGUACCAGAAGAGCUGUUGGUACGUGCCCGAAAACAUACGGAAAAAGUACCUUAGCGAGGAUCUGCCAUUACCGAAUCGCUGGUCGUACAAUCUGGUGCCGCCGAGGAAGAGCGACGUCGCGGAAGCCGCGGAUAAAUUGGAGAAGGACGAGAAGAAGAACUCGCCCCUCAUCACCCAGUUCACGAAGAGGAUCACCCAAGAGGAGAUGAAGAAACAGCUGACCUUUAAGUCCGCUGGAACUAGUUCGCAGAGUAAGUUGUCUCAAACUAAGACCCCGAAGAGAGCGACUCUGAUCUCCGUCGGUAGAGGGGAGCAGUUCUCCAAAAGGUCGAAGAAAAGUUUGUUCGCCAAGACCCUUAGCGACGCUAACACGGCGAGCAAAAACGAGGACGACGACGAGGUCGUCAUCAUUGAAGAGUGUUCCGCGAACGAGCGGCCUGAGAAUCAAAGUGCAUCCGAGAGAGUCGAGUCUGGUAAGAAAGAAAGCGAGGAUACGAUAGGUACGGUGUCCAUGGAGUGCGAGAGUGGCGUUAAGAAUGAGAAUGAGUCGACGUACGGGAGGCAGGGUAAGGGCAACGACGAAACGUUAAAAUGCAAUACGCAUGCCGAGGACGCGAAAGAAGAAACUAUAGUAGAUAGCAUGGAUAUCGUCGACGAUGACCCGGAGCAGAAUUAAAUUGUAUCGUGAGUGGUAAAGUUAGGAGAAUAAACAAAAAAAAAGAAGGAAAAGGUUGCAUAAAAAAAAAGAAAAAAAAUGUAAUGUGAUAAAUAAGUAGUAGUUAGAGACGACGGGGGAGGUACGUUGCAUGUGAGCGUAGUAAGGUAAUUAACGAUUUUUAUACAUCUAUUAUAGAAAUACAUCGGUGAGAAUCUGUACAAAGUUCUGAACCAUUCUAUUUUUAUAAAACUCGCCUGCAUUCGUUAAUCUGCGCAUAUACGUUACGACUAUUAUUCUUACGACUACCAUAGAAAAGGUGGAAAAGCAGUUACAAGUUUUCUAGCUGGUAGUUCAGGUACGUCUCGGCCUUAAUUCCUAACCUUAAAAGUUAUUGACACUCAAAAUUAUACAUUAAGUAGUUUUAACCUUAUCCACCGUAAAAUUCUAUUUAAAUAUCGACGCAUCGCUGGAGAAAUGUUCCUUGUUAGAAAAUUGAGGAGAUGGCUUGGCCUGUUUAAAAUAUAUCACUGAACACGUUUACAGGACAAUAGAUCGAAGUAUUUUAAAUAUUUAAUUUAAACUACGCUUCGUACAGUUCGUUGGUUAAAAGUCUGGCUAUUUUCAACUGCGACGUGUAGUUUCAUUCCAUGUGUUUGCGUAUUUAAUUGUUACUAGAAACGUUGACUCUAGAAUUAUCUUCGAAAUAGCUUUAAAUUACGGAUCGAUAUCUAUUUAAAUUCACGUGGAAUUUGCAAAUUGAAAUCUCGAUCUGGUCUGUGCUUUGUAUUUUCUUGUUUUUUGACACGUACGAAUUUAAGAAGAUCGCGACCGUCGUUAUUUCGUUGAAGGGCCCAAGAUGGCGUGAUAUUACAAAUUAUUGAAAUGUUAAGCACUUCUACUUGGAAGGUGAGGCAGGUCAAAUAAGAAUUAAUCCGAGGAACGCGUGAAACUAUGGAAACGAAUUUAAUUAAAGUAUGUGGAACUAUGAAUCUUGAGAAUGUUUAUUGUCGCGAAUCACAGUAUAAUUUAUGUGAUGUGUGCAUUCUUCCUGUUGUUCCAUUGACGGUGAAUAACUGCGAAGGAAAGCGAGCGUAUAUAAAACGCGUAGGUCAUUAUCACAUUCUAUUAACAAUUGUACUUUUAUAAUAAAAAUUGGCGAAUAAAUCGGAAAAUA